AUGUCGUCGUUUUUUUCAAACUUUAAUGCCCAUUCCAUAAAAUCAACUAGAGGCUUCAAGCUCAAGCCGGGAUCUCCGAUCUCUAGCCCGCAGCCUGUCGGUAACUCUGCUAUUCCCACCACUCCAAAGGGAAACUUCUACGACAAGCCCACCUUGCAACUUGACCAGAAUGAUAACAACAACCCAUAUCAAACGAUGAACGUCUCAUCUGGUUUGUCGUCUCAGCCAGUCACGUCACAUAAGGAUAUCAGGUCAUAUGCGGAGCAGACCUUGGGUUCCGAUAACGCUUUGAUUCAAGCAGUUAAACUCCCUCAGGAUGAGGAUGUAAACGAGUGGCUAGCUGUUCACGUUGUUGACUUCUAUAACCAGAUCAACAUGCUUUACGGUACGAUCACGGAGUUCUGUUCUCCCAAGACAUGCCCACGCAUGAUUGCAACAGAGGAGUACGAAUACUUGUGGCAAGAGACAAAUUCUGGAAGCAGCAGCAAUGUGCCUCCUAAGAAGCCAAUCUCUUUACCAGCUUGUGACUACGUUGAGAAUCUCAUGAACUGGAUUCAGAACUUCUUUGAUAAUGACAACAUCUUUCCAUCCAAGAUCGGUGCGCCCUUCCCACAACAGUUCCCCAACUUGGUGAAGACGAUAUUCAAGAGGCUUUUGAGAAUCUACGCUCAUAUCUACUGCCAUCAUUUCCACGAAAUCUCUGAGUUGGGAUUACAGAGUCACUUGAACACGAGUUUGAAGCACUACGUCCUCUUCAGCAGGGAAUUCGACUUGAUUAGCAGAAGAGAUUACGGUCCGCUCGAGGACUUGAUCAACACCAUGUUAAAGUCGUGA